CAACCAAGCAAAUCAUGUCUGAGGUAUUGUAUGCUGAUGUUAAUUUCCAAAAAAAAGAAAAGGCUAAGAGAGAAAAUGAUGGUAAGCUCCAAACAUGGCAUUUUAUUUGAACACACAUGCAACAUUAUGUGGUCAUGAUAAAUUGUUCAAUUCAAUUGUUGAUUAAUUCUGGUUUAAAUAUAUAUUUGACAUGCCUAGAAAACAUACAAAGAGCGAUAUCUACAUUGCAUACAGUGAACUGCACAACCCAUACACAAUGUUAAGGCUAGGCUGAAAUGGGAAGCCUACUUUUAUGUAUUGUCUGUUCCAAAGGACGUUACUGGUGUCAGACAAAUAUGACAUCAUGUCCUAAAUCUACCAAUUCCUUUACUAACCAGCAUAGAACAUGUAUAGAUAAGACGGAAUGCUUGAGUUUUUCAUUGACUCAUCAUGGUUGCUUUUGUAUUGGAGAUACAUUGUCCAAUUGUAAGGACACCACAUACGCCGAGAUAAAUUUCAACAGAGGUGAUCAAAACCAGUCCUCCAAUGCUGGUAACGCUGCCUCCCAGCAGCAGGUGGGGUCAAAGGUCAUCCCAGGAGGUCGCAACCCAGUAAGAGUGGGUCUGGUGGUUUUCGGUGUUCUUCUGAUGGGUGCCGUCAUCACUCUCGUGGUUGUCUGUGAGUGGGACUGGAAGUGGUUCAUUCAUUUCAAAGAUACAACAAUCAAGAGUGAACAUCUACAAACCGAACAUCUUUCAAAUAUGAACAAAACCCUUAUAGAGAGGAAUCACACAGACGGCAGAAAGGAGCCCCAAUGUGUCCCUGACUGGAAGUACUUUGGAGGAAAAUGCUACUACUUCUCCUCUGAUAUGAAGACCUGGGCUGAGAGUAGAGUUGCCUGCAUCUCCAGCGGAGGUGACCUGGUCAUCAUUGAGAGUGAAGACGAGCAGGACUUCUUGACAGAGGAAUUUGUUGGCAAAAUAAAACCUGACAAACCAGAAGAGAAGUUCUGGAUUGGGCUGACUGACCUGGAGACGGAGGGAAUGUGGUUAUGGGUGGACAAUUCCAAACUUGAUAAAAGUUUCUGGUUAGGUAAGGAGCCUGAUAACUGGAAUGGAACAAAUAAUGACCAGCUUGAAGGUGAAGACUGUGUUAGAAUGGGGGAACUUACACCCAUCAAAAACUGUUGGACUGAUAUAUUUUGUUCUAAACCUCAAAGGAGAAUAUGUGAGUCAACAUAAAUAGAACAAUAUGCUUGAGUAAAACCUAAUUGUUUCUAAAUAUUUCAAGUAGCAGUUGGUUUCUUUGUCUACGUUAGUGAUUAAAUGAGCAUCUAAAUACCUUUGUGCAAGAGAAAUGUUAGCAUGCAUAAACAUGUUAUUGUGAUGGUGUACAUACACUGUAACAGAAGCUUCGGAGAUAAUCCCAACAUUUAUUGAUUCAAUUAAACAUCAAAAGGUACCAAUCUGUUUUGAGGUUUU